GGCCGGGCAGAGACGACCUCAAGGAAGGACCCCGCAACACGUCAUCCAGUCUCACGCGUCGAUCAGGAACGACAACACAGAACUUAACAUCGCCCGUGUUCUGUUUCUCCCCCCAGCAAAAACAAACGCACCACCCACCCUCUGAUCUCCAACAACAAAUCCUCAUCCGCAGACCAUCUGAUUCGAACAAUGUCCUCCAACGAAUACUACAACUCGAGCGGAACUCCGUACGCCAACGCGCCGGGCUACGGUGAGCCGCACCACGAAUUCCACGGCGCGGCCGAGGAAGCCGCGGCCCACGCCGAGGGCAGCGGUGACUCGAGCUUGUUCAGCAACGUGCUGGGCAUGCUGUCGGGCAAGAAGCAGGAACUUGCCAACGAGCAGGUCAAUGAGGAACACGCCGUGGAGCAGCACAAGAGCUUCUACGGUGGCGGCCACGAGAGUAGCGCCCCGCAGGCCACCUCGGACAACAUGGGCGCCGCGGCAGCCAUGCAGGCGCUCCAGAUGUUCCUGAACUCCAAGAGCGGAGGAGGCUCCAGCAGCGGUGGUGGCCAAGGCCAGUUCAUUGCUAUGGCCAUGGCACAGGCAAGCAAGCUGUUCGACCAGCAGAGUGCUCAGGGCAACACGCAUGAGGGCGCCAGCAAGGAGAGCGCUGUUCAGCAAGCUGCACAGAUGGCCAUCAAGAUGUACAUGAAGUCGGAGAUGAGUGGUGGCUCGUCCGGCGGCAACAGCAGCGGCGGUGGCCUGAUGGGUCUGGCCAGCAAGUUUUUGAAAUAAGGGUUCUUCUCGAUGCGCCGGCAGGCCGGCUACUUGAUCACUCUCGGCGCUCAUUGCUUGAUGUUCUGAGAAGGUCGGCAAUGCUGACAUGACAUGGGAUAUGAGUACGUAGUCAGCAAAUUGAUGAUGAUAACGGUCUCAUUGUUUGAGCAGCUGCACGCGUGUACAUGAGCCG